AUGAUGGCUGAUGAUGAGGUUGGCGACGAGGUGAAGGUGUUUCGCCGCGACGAGGACGCCGAUGACGACACCAUCGGCGAAUCGUCGGAGCAGCAGCUAGCCGAUGACAAAAAGGAGGCGGUGCUCGAGGCGGAACUCGAAGCCGGACGAGCGGCGCCAUCGAUAAUUGGCGGCGACACGAAACCCGGAUCGGCGUUCAUCAAACCCGAGCCGUCGCCGUCGUUUCAAAAUUUGAUGCCGGGCCUCAUGCACGGGAACGCGUUCAGUCCCAAUUAUGCAUUUCCAAUGAUUAUGCCGUUUAUAAUGAGUCCUUCCGCUUAUGGGCUGAGGCCUGGCCUCUCGCCGAACUUCAUGCUGCCGAUGCACGCGCUGAGCCCGUCGUUCAACAUGUUUCCCGGCAAUCCAUUUUACGGCGCGGCCGCGAUGGCGGCGGCGAAGCAGCACCUCGAGAACGCGGUGCCGCUGGCGGCGAGUAUGCGCGGUCAGCCGCUGAAUCCGCUGAAUCAGAUGCGAAUGCCACCUUAUUUGAAUCCGAGCGGCUCGAACGGCGAUAAGCGGUCGAACGGCGGCGGAAAAAUCAAGAAGGAGGAUCACAUCAAGAAGCCGCUAAACGCGUUCAUGUGGUUCAUGAAAGAGAAUCGGAAAAAGUUGCUCGAUGAGAUUGGCAACAAUGAGAAGCAGAGCGCCGAGUUGAAUAAGGAGCUUGGCAAACGAUGGCACGAUUUGCCCAAAGAGGAGCAGCAGAAAUAUUUCGAUUUGGCGAAGAAGGAUCGUGAGGAUCACAAGCAGAAAUAUCCGCAAUGGUCGGCGCGCGAAAACUAUGCGGUGCACAAGAAGAACAAGAAGAAGCGGCGAGACAAGAGCGUCGCCUCGAAAAUUUUAGUGUCGGAAAACAGCGAUCAGAAGAAGUGUCGAGCGCGAUUCGGCGUCAACAAUCAGGAGAUGUGGUGCAAAUUUUGUAAGCGAAAGAAGAAGUGCGAGUACUCGAUGGAUCGCGGCGGAAGCGCUGAUCCGUUGGGCGGCGGCGGAAGCGGCAGCUCUGGCGGCGAGCCGGAGCGCGUGUUUUCGGCCGGCUCGUUGGGACGAUCGCCGGUGGCGUCGUCGCUGAGCCGCUCGCCGCUGACGGCGAACGCCUCCGACAGCGAGUCGGACAUUGACGACGACGACGAGGAUGAGGAGGUGGACGUGGCGAUCUCGCAGCAAGCGCGAGAAGUCAUCAUGCAGGAGAUGUGUCCGAUCUAG